CUCACGCUCUUCUUCCCACCCCGCUUCGCCCGUCAACCAAACAGUGGGCAGCUGCUCUACACGCACACGCACGCACGCACUCACACUACCACUCUUCCGCACGUCGUUUCUCUCGCUCUGCUCUUCCACCAUUCGCCCCCCCACCAUCACCAAUACCCACUCCCACCCUCCUCCCCCUCUCCACCAAGUCUGCCCUCUCCAUUCCAUAGUUCGACUCUGCAUCUUCGUCCUCACGUCAAUUGAUCGAUCUGCAUACGUUUUUGCUGCCCUUCAUUCUUACCUGUGGUCGCAGCCUAUUCUCAAAAUAGCAUAGCGGCCACAACUGCCUGGUCUCGCAUCGUCAUCGGCUCCCAGACAAUCGCAACGGUAGCUCACAGGUGAUCCACGAGUCAAAUCCUGCCUCGUCCUCCCUCUUCGUCGACUCCAAUUGCCUCCAAUCCCCUGGCUGUCUGCAUACCACACGGGGAAGGCGUUCGCUUGCCAGCAGUCCACUCUUCCGGCUGCAGCCCAACGCAGACGCAUAACGCAGCAACUGGUCGUCGCAAAGCGCGGGGAUCAGACGGGAUCCAGAUCUGCUAGGGCAGCACACCUCACACAGCGCAUCACGCCGCACCUCAAAGCCGUCGGCUCCGCACCCAGCAAGGCGGGAACCUUGGUAGCAGUCCGUCCACAACGCUUCUAUGCCUACCCUGGGUUUUCUGAAGAAAAAACGGACGAAGGACUCGUCUGGAUCGAAAGACCUGGACUCUCCGAUCUCUCCGGUCAAAGAGAACCAUCCGCAGCCCGCUGCUGUUUCAAGUCCGACGGCGGCGACAGCAGUCGGCAGCUCCGCGCCCUCCUCAGCCGCUGAAAAACCUGCGCAGCAGCACGACUCUGCGACAGACUCGGUCGCUUCGACAAAGCCGGAAUCCACAAAGGACGUCGACAUGGCGUCGGCUCAGACCCAGCCCUCGCCCUCCCCCGCGGUACAGACGAACAAUGCGCCCAGCAUACAGAGCAUGCUCAACAGCAGCUCGCAAGCCAACGGCGGCACCAUCCCAGGGAUCCUGCCCACCCAGCAGCCCUCGACAACCAUUCGCGAGACCAAGGGCAAGUACGCUCUCUCCGACUUCAAUAUCCAGCGUACCCUGGGCACCGGCAGCUUCGGGCGUGUGCAUCUCGUGCAGUCCAAACACAACCAGAGAUAUUACGCGAUCAAGGUGCUGAAGAAGGCGCAGGUUGUCAAGAUGAAACAGGUUGAGCAUACAAACGACGAGCGCAGAAUGCUGCAAAAGGUCAAGCACCCGUUCCUGAUCACUCUGUGGGGGACGUUCCAGGAUGCCAAGAACCUGUACAUGGUCAUGGACUUCAUUGAGGGCGGAGAGCUGUUCAGCUUGUUGCGAAAGUCUCAGCGCUUUCCGAACCCGGUCGCAAAGUUCUACGCGGCUGAGGUGACGCUUGCCUUGGACUAUUUGCACUCGAUGAACAUCAUCUAUCGUGACCUGAAGCCUGAAAAUCUGCUCCUGGACAGGCACGGUCACCUCAAGAUCACCGACUUUGGCUUUGCGAAGGAAGUGCCUGACAUUACUUGGACUCUUUGCGGCACGCCGGACUACCUCGCUCCCGAAGUUGUGGCUUCAAAGGGCUACAACAAAUCAGUGGAUUGGUGGUCGUUAGGCAUCUUGAUCUUCGAAAUGCUGUGCGGCUUCACGCCGUUUUGGGAUAGCGGAUCACCACUGAAGAUCUACGAGAACAUCCUAAAGGGACGUGUAAAGUACCCGCCUUACAUACACCCUGAUGCGCAGGAUCUCCUCUCCAAGUUGAUCACAUCGGACCUGUCAAAGCGACUGGGCAACUUGCACGGCGGCUCCAAGGACGUCAUGAUGCAUCCUUGGUUCGCCGAAGUGACAUGGGACAGACUAGCCAAGAAGGAUAUUGACGCCCCGUACAUUCCCCCAGUGCGUGCUGGCGUUGGCGACGCAUCUCAAUUCGACAAGUACCCUGAAGAGACCGAGGCGUACGGCGCAACGGGAGAUGAUCCACAUGCUAAAUUGUUCACAGAGUUCUAGCGAUGGAGAGGAUCAGGAUCAACUCCCCUUUCAGAAACGCGCUCGCCACUUGUCGCGUGUGCGAUCGCAGAUUAUCCCGAGGCCGCCUCAUGAAGCAACGAAAGCGGUCGGAGCAAGCUGUAGAGGUGUUUGGCUACUUUUCUUUGUAAAAGCAGGCUGUUCCUUCACAAACUUGGCUUGCUCAGAUCAUGGUCUUACAAUAUGCGAUAUGUAGCCGAGGAUUCUCUAACACACCACGCCGUGCUUCGCUUACGCAUGACCCUUGCCCUCGUAUGAAACUUCCCUAUUUGUCCUAUUGCGAAGACGAUGUACGCUAGGAUUAUUGAGUUUUUAAAAAGAGAAAACUCCACGUCAAGGAACGACGAAGCUGUUGAAUAUCGAUUCAAGAAGGCCAAAUAGCAAAAGCCGAUGGUGAUUCAUUUUCCUACGUAUGGUUCAUCUUUUGAUAUCUACUCGGUACAGUGGGUGUAUUUUACAGUAAGGCUUGCUGGCCAGCAAAGAAUUCUUUACUGGCUGCGCAACGCUCGCUCGUGCACGCAGGACACCGUAGCAUCAUCUGUGGGCUGCAUGCGAUGUUCUUUUGAAGGUGUUCCUUUGCUAGAUCGGCCAACGCCCGAAUGAAG